AUGGAGACUCUGUGCCCUGCCCCCCGCCUGGCAGUGCCGGCGACCCCGCGAGGGUCGCCCUGCUCCCCCACAGCCCGGAAGCCGCGUCGGGGGACCCAGGAGUUCUCUCCGCUGUGCCUGCGUGCCCUUGCCUUCUGCGCCCUUGCCAAACCCCGGGCGUCCUCUCUGGGGCCUGGGGAGCUGGCGCCGCGGGCCCCCGUGCUGCUGGGCCCUCGCGCCCCCCUGUGCACCGGCGGCUGGGCCCCGGAUGGCCUGAAGCACCUCGGGGGCCGGGCCGGGUGGUCCAGCGAUCCGAAGUCCCCGGCCGGCGAGGAUGCCGAGGUCGCAGUGUGCCCGGGCCGUGGAGACGAGGAAGAAGGCCGAGGCAGUUUCCCGCACUUCGGCGCUCGCUGCUGCACACCUCCGAGCAGCUGCCCGGCGCCCCGGCGCCCUCGGGAAUCUCCGACCAGCUCCGCCUCCGCUACGCCUAGGCCAGCCCCGCGUCUCGACCCCGCCCCGACGCUCCCCACCACCAGCACCUUCAGCCUCCUCGACUGCUUCCCCUGCCCCCCGGCCCUGGUGGUGGGGGAGGACGGAGACUUAGGGCCGGCAUCCUCGCUUCGCCUCCAGGGAGACUCUAAGCCUCCGCCUGCCCACCCGCUGUGGAGGUGGCAGAUUGGGGGUCCCGCUGUCCCUGAGCCCCCUGGCCUCAAAUUCUGGGGAAUCAACUUGGAAGACUCCUGA